AUGCAGUACUAUGAAGAGUACUCAUUAGGUAUUGUGAUCAAAGAAAAAAGAAUCACAGCACCAUUUCCGGUCACCGGAAAAAUUUCCUUGUUGCAAGACAACAAGAAAGUCGCCAUGAAGCGCAUUCACUGUUUAAGACAACAGUUAGAAAAGAACCCUGACCAGAAUAAAUGGUACAAUCAAAUUAUGGGGGAUUACAUAAAAAAUGGCAUAGUAGAAAAGGUGCCAAACGUCGAUAACGUUGGUCGUACAUACUAUAUCCCACAUCAUGGAGUAUGGCGACACGAGAAACCGAAACCAUUACGCAUAGUUUUCGACGCAUCCUCUAAAGCAAGAGGAAGUCCAUCACUUAAUGAAGUGAUAGCAACAGGUUCUAUUUUUAUAAACAAAAUACACGAUAUAUUAAUAGAAAACCGAUUCCACAAAAUAAUCAUUAUGUGUGAUAUAGAGGCAGCCUUUACCCAAAUAAGACUGACCGAAAAAGAUAAAGACUU